UAGUUGAUUAGUUGAAGGCAAGCAGUACGGUCGCAAGUCGCUAAAACGCAAAUUGUAGAAACAAAACAUAAGCAGUCGCGUCUGAGUGCCAGUGUGAUUUAUUUUUUUUAUUGUUUGGUGUUUAUUGUGCUCGUGAGCAGAUCAGUCAUAUCAGACAGACAGCCUGCAAGCCAGCCAGCAAGUCGAACGCUGGGCAAGCGGAUCAAGUCCAAUUGGAAUUGCCCGAACCGCAGCUUCACGGAGUCGAGUGUUCCGUGUUUGGUGUUUCGUGUUCGUAUUCCGGGGCAUUUUCCCCGCCGAAAGCCCCGCUCAACACCCGCUCAACCCCCAAGCAACCAGCCGAAUUAGGGGUUGCAAAGUUUUUUGCAGCCAGUCCGGAAAAGUCAGGAGGAACUUGUGUUCUGAAGGAGGAAAAGGGAAGCGCGCGAGUGAAGACUGCCCCCAAAGUCCAACCGGAAUCGGAAGGGGACACCGCCGAAUCCUUGAGUGAAUCCUUUUGCGCGUGCCAUGCGUGACCUCGGCACCAAAAUGGCCGAGCUAAAAUUCGAGGCUCCAUUGGCAAAGUUCGAGGAGACGGACGAGUGGGGCGGCUGCGACUUCAUCUCGAGUCAGAAUGCCCUAAACGACACGCUCAACCUGAAUCUGAAGGACUCCUCCUCCGGCGGCAAGCCGGAUGCGGCCAAGCUGCGACUCCUGGAGGAUGCGGUACGCGAUGCGCACGUAAGCAAGAACGGUGGAGGAGGAGGAGUGAUGGGAGGAGGAGCUGGCUCCAUUAGCCCCAAUUGCAAUACGCUGCAGGGCGGGUCGCUCAUAGAAAUCGGACUGUCCGAUGUGGGAUUGGUGCCAGGCGAGGGUGCCGGCGUUGGUCUCGACGGUCUGGAGAAGCGCUCCCUGGCCGCCGGCGAUCAUGUGGACAACUUCACGGAGACCUUCGGCGGGAGUCUGGAGGACCUGGUCAACACGUUCGACGAAAAGAUAACCAAGUGCUUCGGCAACUACGAGGAGAAUGUCGAGGAGCUGGCUCCGGUGCAGGUGCGCAGCCAGGAGGAGAUCAUGAACGAAUGCCAAAUGUGGUGGACCAUUACAGGAAACUUUGGCAACAUUCUGCCCAUCGACUGGUCCAAGUCGUACACCCGUCAGAUGCACAUGCCCACCCUGAAUCUGGGCCAGAACCACACGAAGCAGCAGCAGCAGGCCCGCAACCAGCAGCAGCAGCUGCACAACCAGAGCCACCAGGCGUAUCCACACACCAACGGUUCGAGUGCCGGGCUGGAUGCCCAGACUCCGGGCGAUGAGUUCAACGAUCUGACCAGCGAGGAUGAGGCGGUGGCCAACGAUCUGGACAUGCACGCCCUCAUACUCAACGGCUUGAACGGGGACAUGGACGACCAGCCGAUCAAGACGGUGGAGGAGGUGAUCAAGGAGAUCGACGACAUCAUGGACGAGGCCGAGAGCCCGCUGGACGAGCCGGAGACCUGCGAUUCGGAGGUGAUCGAGAAGGCGCGAGAGGUGCUGGGCGCCCCCCUCUAUGCGGAAAAACUGCAAUAUCUGACCACGACACAGCUGAACGAGCUGUAUAUGGAGAUGGAGGUGCUCAUCCAGGAGCUGAGCGAGACGUUGAUCAACGAGCUGGCCCUGCGCGACGAGCUGGAGUUCGAGAAGGAGCUGAAGAACUCGUUCAUCUCGCUGCUCCUGGCCGUUCAAAACAAACGGCGGCAGUACCAUGUGGAGAAGAAGCGCGGCAAGUUCCAGGGUCCCGAGCCCAAGUACUUGACCACCGUCAUUCCGUAUCACCUGGAGAACGGCACGCCCAACAACCAGUCACUGCAGGUCCUGAUCAAGAUUCUCAAGGCCAUCAACGAGGACAGCCCGACGGUUCCGGCCCUCCUCACGGACUACAUCCUGAAGGUGCUGUGCCCCACAUAAGCGCUAUAAGCGGUAGUCGCUGCGGUGCAGGAACCCAACUGUCGCUCUAUCUCUACGUCUGUGUUUAUACAAUUGAGCCGUACAUCUCUAUACAACUUGCAUAUAGACACCGAACCACACCACACCACAACACGCAUAACUUAAUGAUUAGUUCGUACUUUAAAUUAUUGUUUAAAUGCAAUCCACGUAAACGGGAGAGCGCCAGGACUCUGUCCAAUGUGAGGACUCUUCUGGAGUCAACAGAGUCCUUUUUUCCGGCCCCGAUCCCCGACAGAACAAAAUAUGCAACAAAAUAUACAUGUAACACAUAUAUAGACACAUAUAUAUAACGAAAUAAUUGCGGAGAGCGCGCCCGAAGAACUCAGCCAGUCCUCCCAUGGCAAUAAUACUCAAUUCUCCGCCGCCUCUCUUUCUCUUUCUCUUUCUCUUUAAGGAGCAUUCACAUUGUUAUAGAGCCGACUCCAACUAAGCUUAAAUAUAUAUGGUAAAUGCAUCUAGGCCAGUUGUCAGUUGCAAGUUGCAAGUUGCAUGUUGCCAGUCUGCCUUGCGGUGGAGCGUCAACUUUUCGUCUAUAUGUGAAAUAUGCAGAUCUAAAAUGAUACACAGCUUGCGUUUUGUUCGCCCAGCUUUCUGCGAUCGAACUAAUCUGUGAGUUCGCUUCGGCAGCCAAUCACUAGGUUUUACAAUAAGUAACUUGUAUGUAAUAUAUAUGUAACUUGAUCAUAAGAGGUGUGUGUGGCCUGCAGUCCCUGGAGAAUCCGCCGUUUCGAAAUGUGUUCCGAGUGCAAUUUACAUGCAAAUAUCGCUUUGAGAUGGCAUCAAACUCAGAAGUAGAAGCAAAAUCAGAACCAGAAUCAGAAUCAGUGGCAGCAAUUGUUUUCGCUUCGCUUUAAGUUAACUACGCCUAAUUUACUCAUUUUUAUUGUUUACGAGGCCAUAAAACGCGUUCUGUUUUGUUCAAAACAAUUGUUUAAUGUGAGUGGAGGGAGGAGGAAACACAAAUUUAAUUUUAAUUUGCAUAGAAAACGCUGUGUUAUUUACUUUUACCAAACAAGCAUAAAUAAAACGCUAAUGAUUAAUGAUAACUAUGAUUACAAAUAAAUCGAAUAAUAGCUAAAACUCA